AAUCCAGCUAGCAGGCCAAUAUUUCAGUGAAUCGGAGAAACGCGGAAGUAAAAAAAAGAAAUAGCGAAAACAAAUAUAGGAGCGCACAAAUUUAUUACGGUCGCCGUCUCUCUUUCUCUCUCUACUAGCGCCUUUUUCUUUCUAUCUCUGCGUUUCCCCCCUUCUGUAGAGCUCUUCGAUCCCGCUCGAUCGAUGAAUGCAGUUUUUUGCUGCAUAGGUCGCGUGAACUUUUAUAGAGAAAGGACUUAAAGACAUGAGUUAUUCAUCCUAAUAAUGGAUGGAAGCUCAAGAUUUGAGUUGAUGUCAGCCAGUCCAGAUACUAAUUUUGCUGGUAACUACCAGAGUAGUCAGAGGGGAUACUCUUCUCCCUCUUUGGGUCGGUCUUCAAGUUUCAGAGAAGGUUCAGAAAGUAGGAAUAUUAGUUCUGGGAAGGCUAAUUCUAGGGGUAGUGCUAUUUCACCGGGAGAUGUGCCCUCAUUAUCUCAAUGCCUAAUCUUGGAGCCAAUUGUUAUGGGUGAUCCAAGACAUGCUCGGUUCGGUGAGUUGAGGAGGGUUCUGGCUAAUUCAGUUGGGAGCAAUUCAGAAGAAAACACUUUUGGAUCUGCUCACCUAAAGAAUUCGCCUCCAGCAGCUGUUGAGGAGCUAAAACGAUUAAGAGCAAGUGUUGCAGAUACUUGUGUCAAAGCCAGCGGUCGAGCUAAAAAGUUUGAUGAGCAUUUAAGUAAGUUGAACAAAUAUGUUGAGGCCUUGCCCUCUAAGAAGCCACAGCAGCUGCGGAAUGAGCUGUUGACGAAUGAAAGAUCUAGUGGUGCAACCUUGAAGAUAUCUCAGAUACAUCGGAACUCUUCGGAACUAGGAAGUCAGAAGUUUGAUGACCGGUCUAAGAAUGUUGGUCUCAGUAAGCGGUCACGUACCUCAACAACGGAACCUCGGGCAGAAUGCAGGAAUAACGCUGUACUGCGGCAGCCUAUGACAGUGACAAAAGAAAGAGACAUUCUUAAAGAUAAUAAUGCUGAUUCCGAUAUGGUUGAGGAAAAAACAAGAAGGUUACCUGCAGGCGGAGAAGGAUGGGAUAAAAAAAUGAGAAGGAAACGCUCUGUUGGUGCGGUGUCUUCAAGAUCCAUUGACAAUGAUGGUGAACUGAAACGGAACGUGCAUAAUAAGCUUUCUAUGGAUUCUAGCCUGCUCCCUGGCGAUUCUGCCCAUGGUUUCAGAUCAGGAGCUUCUGGUGGUGGUAACAAGCUAGAGCCUGUGCCAUCUCCUUCUGGUUCUACUGCCCGCGUAACCUUCAAAAGCGAACAAGAAAAAUCAAUGCUCUCAAGGGAUGUGUCCGGGGGACCAAUAAAGGAGCGACCCCUGGGAAAAGUAAAUGUUAAGUUGAAUAAUCGUGAGGAGAACCAUACAAUGUCCUCUAACCCAAUAGUAAAAGGGAAGGCUUCAAGGGCACCACGGAGUGGCUCUGUGGCUGCUGCUAAUGUUCCUCGUGUGACUGGAACUUUGGAGAGCUGGGAACAGGGCCAAGUUGGUACUAAAAACACUUACAUUAGUGGGCCUAACAAUCGCAAGCGUCCCUUACCUUCAGGGUCAUCCUCUCCCCCAAUAACUCAAUGGGGUGGUCAGAGGCCACAGAAGAUGUCACGAACAAGGAGAACAAAUCUUAUUCCUGUAUCAAACAAUGAUGAAGUGCAGAUGCAAUCUGAAGGGUGUUCCCCAACAGAGUUUGGUCCGAGGAUAAGCGUUGGUGGGAUCAAUCCUUCCCUUCUUACCAAGAGCACAACCAAUGGAAGCCAAAAUUUUAAAGUAAAAUCUGAUAACAUUUCAUCUCCAGCCAGAUUGUCUGAAAGUGAAGAAUCUGGUGCUGGUGAGAACAGAAUAAAUGAUAAAGGUGUGGGAAGUAGGGAUCCGGAAGAAAGAACUGCAAAUGCAUGUCAGAGUGUUGGGCCAUCAACAAUCCCUAUAAAAAAGAAUAAAAUUGUUUCCAAAGAAGAUAUUAGUGAUGGUGUGAGAAGGCAAGGGCGGAGUGGGCGAGUUUCACAGUUUUCUAGGGCUAGCAUUUCACCUACAAGAGAAAAAUUGGAUAAUGUGGUGGCAACCAAGCCUCUUCGAAAUGCAAGGUCUGGUUCUGAGAAGAGUGGAAGCAAGUCCGGUCGUCCUUUGAAGAAGCUCUCAGACCGCAAAAACUUUUCUCGUCUUGGCCAUGUGACAAAUGGGGGAUCCCCUGAUUGCAGUGGGGAAUCAGAUGAUGAUCGUGAAGAACUCUUGGCUGCAGCUAAUCUGGCCUGCAGCUUUAGCUUCAAAGCAUGUUCAAGUGCCUUCUGGAAGACAUUUGAGGCCUUGUUUGCUUCUAUUGGCCCAGAUGAAAAAUCUUACUUAUCACAACAGCUAAAUUUGGCUGAAGAGUCAUGUAUAAGUUUGUCUCAGUACCGGAGCAGUGGAAGUUUUGACCAGGUGAAGCUGGAUGAUUAUUACCGUGAAGAUAUGCCAGCUUCUGGCUCUGCUUCUUUCAGAAGCAACCAAUGCUUGAAUUCUUUGGAUAGGAUGGAUUCUGUUGAGCAACUUCAGAACUCCUUUGAACGUGGGUCCUCAGAUGCAGACAAAAGAUUUGGCAGAAGUACUCCACUUUAUCAGAGGGUACUAUCGGCUCUCAUUAUAGAAGAUGAAAGUGAAGAGUUUGAAGAAACUGGAUUUGGGAGACCAAGAAUUUCAGCUAAUAAUUCUUACUUCCUCUCUGAAACUGAAAGUCAGCGUAUGAACAACUUAGACUUCUCCGAGCCAAUAAUUGGUGCUCAAACAAGGAAAAAUGGUACUGCACAUAAGAUUUUUCCUUGUAAUGGGAAUAUGGAUGUUGAUAGGAGCCCCAGUUCACUAGACUAUAUAUGUAAUGGUGAUCUGACACAAAAAGAUGGAUACAUGCACUCAGAGGUUGAAGUUUUGGUUAGGCUUUCAAGAUUUGAGCAUGCUCCACAAAGCCUGCUGCCAAAUAAUAGUGGCAUUUCUUCCUUAGAUUUUCAAUAUGAGCAGAUGGGUUUUGAAGAAAAGCUUGUAGUAGAACUGCAGAGCAUUGGCCUGUUCAUGGAAACUGUGCCUGCAUUGGACGACAAAGAAGAGGAGGGAAUCGACCAAGAAAUUGCUCGGUUGGAAAAGGGACUUCUUGAACAGGUUAGGAAGAAGAAGACUUGCUUGGAUAAAAUAGAUAAGGCUAUUCACGAACAAAAUGAUAUUGGAAGGGACCCUGAGCAGGUUGCGAUGGACAAGCUUGUCGAGUCGGGCUACAAGAAACUUCUGGCAACUAAAGGAGCCUUUGCUUCUAAGCAUGGAAUUCCUAAGGUGUCAAAACAAGUUGCUUUGGCUUUUUGCAAGAGGACGCUUAUUAGAUGCCGUAAAUUUGAAGAUUCAAGUAUCAGUUGUUUUUCUGAGCCUGCACUCCGGGAGAUCGUCUAUGCACCACCUCCUCAGUUCUCUGAGAUGGAGCUACUUUCUGGUGUUAACCCAGCAGCUACCAACGAUACACUUGGGACUUCACUUCGCCUUUUCGAUCAUGGUGUUGCUAAAAAUGGGCCAGUAUCAAAUAGAGGAAAGAAAAAGGAAUUAUCGCUUGACGAUGUUGGUGGUUCCGUCUUCCGAGCCUCAUCUGGUGUAGGCAUGUCCGGUGGUGCAAAGGGAAAGAGAAGCGAAAGGGAUAGGGAUUCAAGUAAGAACGGAAGGUUGUCCAUGGGUGGCGCUAAGGGUGAGCGCAAGACAAAAUCGAAACCCAAGCAGAAAACAGCUCAGCUUUCCAUGUCUGGAGUCAAUAAAAUCGCUGAAACAGGCAGUGAAGCAGCAAACAACAGUGGCAACAGGAGAAAAGAUGUUAGAUUCAUGUCUGCCGGUAAUGCCCCUCCCGAGUCAUCGAGAGACGCAAAGGAUUCUUCGGUUGACUUCUCCGCUCUGCCCCUCGACAACAUAGAUGGGAUAGAAGAGCUAGGCGUUGAUUGUGACACAGGUGCACCGCAGGAUCUCAAUUCUUGGUUCAAUUUUGAAGUAGACGGUUUACAUGAAGAACACGACGACGUUGUUGGCCUUGAGAUUCCGAUGGAUGACCUCUCAGACCUACUCAUCUUCUGAUCCCCACUCCCUUGUUGUACAGCUUGUUGGAAUACUAAUUUGUUUAGAGAAAUCGACUGCUCAUUUUUUUUUAAAUUCGGUGGGUGCCUUACCCUACGUUCGUCUUGGCCUAAUGGCUGUUGUAAUUAUGCAUUUUUGUUGUAAUUUAGGAAAAUCUUCAUAGUCAUAUAUAUAUAAUAUAUUUCAGACAA